AUGCGUUUUCGUCCAGGGCCGAAAGACCAAAGUGCUCUCCCAUUGGAUGUGUUCAAGAAAUUCUUUUCACAAAACAUUUCAUUCAUUAUAAUUACUGAAACGAAUCGUAAUGCAAAGGACGUGAUAGCAAAAUGGAAUGCAGUUAAUCCUACUAAACAGCCCAAAGUAUGGGUUGAUAUGACAAGCACUGAAUUGGACGCAUUUAUUGGUAUUCUAUUAGCUGCUGGUGUUACGCAUAACAAUAUGAUUGAAGCAGACAAAUUAUGGGGUCUACAUCGACUACCAAUAUUUCGUGCUGCAAUGCCAUUUCAAAGAUUUCGAGCAAUAAAAAAAUUUAUUCGUUUCGAUGAUAGCAGUACGCGUGCAUUUCGACAGCAAAUUGAUAAGGCUGCACCGAUAACUGAUAUUUGGAAUUUUCUUAAUGAAAAUUUAGCGAAUAAUCACUCUCCCAACGAAUGUGUUACAGUCGAUGAACAACUUUUCCCGUACAGAGGUCGAACAAAAUUUACCCAAUACAUCCCUUCGAAACCUGCUAAAUACGGUAUAAAAGUUUGGUGGGCGUGCGACGCAAAAACUAAAUAUCCUUUACAAGGAAUACUGUAUAAAGGAAAAGAAGGUGAGAUGCGAGAUGAAAACCAGGGAGAGAAGGUGUUGUUGAAAUUAGCCAGUCGGUAUGCUAAUACAGGCCGCACAAUGAUCGCUGAUAACUUUUUUGCCACCCUAGAAGGAGUAAAAAAACUCCAAACCAAUGGAAUAGCGUUUGUUGGUACAAUUCGUGCAAACAAGCGCUGUGUUCCCAAUGAAAUGCGGAAAAAUUCAAAACGUCCAGAGCUCUCUACACUUUUUGGAUUCAACGAAAACAUAGUUUCAAUUUGUAGCUAUGUACCGAAGAAAAAUAAGACAGUGAAUCUUCUAUCAACUGUUCACUACACGAAAGCUUGUCAAGUCAAGCUCAACAUAUGCAAAAGACGAUAA